AUGGCUUCAGGGUUUUCUAUUCUUUGGAAAGAACAAGGCCCUUCUUCUCUUUGGAGAGGUUGGUCUGGGAAACUUUUCGGAUAUGGUGUUCAAGGGGGCUGCAGAUUUGGUCUCUACGAAUACUUUAAGAAGCUUUACUCUGAUGUAUUGAAAGAUCAUAACAGGAGUACCAUAUUCUUUCUCAGCAGUGCAUCUGCUCAAGUAUUUGCUGAUGUGGCUCUCUGUCCUUUUGAAGCCGUCAAAGUCCGAGUUCAAACCCAGCCUUACUUUGCAAAGGGCUUGGUUGAUGGGUUUCCAAAACUAUAUGCAACCGAAGGGCUAGCUGGCUUUUACAAAGGACUUUUCCCACUUUGGGGUCGAAAUCUUCCAUGUAAUAUCUCUAUCCCUGCAUUUUUAAAAUUUUCAUUUGCUUGCUUGGUAGGAUCUAAGGCUACAGAUAAUGCAGUUUUAAGUGCUAUGAUCGGAAAUAUGAAAUCAGGAAUAGUCCUGCAUCUGUUCAGAACAGGAAAACAUAAGGGUGCUACUUGUGUCGUGCCCGAUCCAAGGAUCAGUUACAUGCUUUCUGGCAUUUAUCAUGAGAAAGUUGCUAUCUUCUCGAUGAUAAUGUUCACGACGUUUGAGCACUCAGUGGAUCUGAUUUAUCACAAAGUUAUGCAAAGAAGAAAAGAAGAUUGCUCAAGACCCCAACAGCUUGGUGUGACAUGUUUAGCGGCCUAUGCAGCAGGAGCUGUCGGUACUGUUAUUUCUAACCCUGCAGACAACAUUGUUUCCUCUCUAUACAACAAAAAGGCUGACAAUGUGAUGCAGGCUGUGAAGAACAUCGGGCUCGUUAAUCUAUUUACUAGAAGUCUUCCUGUUCGAAUUACACUUGUCGGACCUGUUGUUACCUUGCAGUGGUUUUUCUAUGACACCAUUAAAGUUCUAUGUGGAUUGCCUUCCAGUGGAGGGCUUACCAGGCGUCUUGAAGAAGCUAACCUAUCAGCUUAA